AUGGAGCGUUGGCUCAAGAUCGACGAGCUGGCAGAGACUGGCCCGGGAGCGUCGGUUGAGAGGGAGAAACAGACCGCUGCCAGGGAGGCUGUGUGGCAGGAGAGGGAGGAGAGAGCCAGACACUACUAUGACAAACACCUGGAGGAGAGGAAGAGGAAGAUGGUUGAACAGAGGAGGAAGGAGGACAGGAGACGAUCUGCUGUGGAGGAGAAGAGAAGACAUAACCUGGAGGAAGAGAAGGCCCGUCAUGAGGCGGUGAUGCGUCGGACGGUGGAGAGAAGUCAGAGAGCCAAACACACACCCAACCGCUGGUCCUGGGGCGGAGCACUGCCUGGAAACACACCCACCACACCCGGGGGUUUUGUCGAGUCGUCGUUCCUCUAUCCCCUCGACCUAGCAGGGCUGGAGCACCAUCUCCAAGGUGCAUUCAGUGUCUACCGCAGAUACGGCCUGAGCCACCAAUAUGCUGACAGACGGUCUGUGUCGACCAUGAACCUUUCUAAACAUGCAGCUGAUCCAGUUAUAACCAAGAGACUGUCCUACUCCUCUGCCACACUCUUACAUUCUCCAGACCGAGUGUUACAGAAAAGGACCUCCUCUUCACCCUUACUUAACAAAUCACAGUCCAAACUCCGCCUACCAGGGGGAAAGACCGCCCACUACAAACCCCAAGGCAUGCGUUGUAUGCCGCUGACCCCGUGGGAGAACACAGUGGUCAAUCGUCUCUCCCCCACCACCUCCUCCCCUCACCACCUCUCUCCCCUCACCAUGAGCCUGUCUGGAGACACAGGAGCCAUGCCUGUAUGUCCUCGCUCAGUGUCCUGCCACCCUAUGGGAUCUAUGUCCUUCAAGUCCAUCCAGUCCCAGCCUCUGAGUGUCUGCCGCAGCCAAGAGCCACGCCUCCCCAGGGACAUGACCAACCGCAGGAGGACCACCGGCAACGCACCGGAUAAACAUAAGGACUUUGUCAGGAAGUCUUGGAGCAACCUCUCCCUGCCUCUGGCCACACCUCCUCUGACCACGCCUACUGACAAGAGGUUCCGGUCACCAGGGAAACAGCAGAGUAGAGUGACACCGCCCUCACCUGGCAGACCCCCCCAGAAGCUGUCCCUUCCUCCCUCCAGACCCCCCCAGAAGCUGUCCCCUCGCCCCUCCACCCCCAAGCAGCUACGGUCUCCCAGUGGAGAGGACUUGGGGAACCUCAGGCCCAGUAGGACAGUGCCAGAGAGCCUGUCUCUAAUUGGACUACAGGCAGGAGGACCUGAGGGAGACCAGGGGGCUGUGACCCCCUCCCAGCCCCGCCCCCAGAGCCUGGGCCAACCCAAAGCCUGCCCCAGCACAGACACGAAGGACACACUGUCAGCAGUCAGCGAGAGUGUGGGCAGUUCCCCAGCCCAUAAGUCAACUGCAGGCACCACAGACCCAGAGGAGGCCACACGGGUCCUGGCAGAGAAACGCAGACAAGCCCGGGAACAGAGGGAGAGAGGGGAGGAGAGGAGAGGGAUACAGGAGGAGGCAGAGAGGUGUGGUAAGGCUGAGGAGAGACAGAGGAGAGAGGAGGAGGAGGAGAGAAGGAGGGAGGAGGAGGAGGAGAGAGCCCAGCAGGAGAGAGAGGAGGCAGAGCGACAGCAGAAACAGAGAGAGGAGGAGGAAUGUCGUCAGAGGGAGGAUGCAGACAGACUGAGGAAGGAGAGAGAGAAACAUUUUCAGAAAGAGGAGGCUGAAAGGUUGGAGAGGAAGAAGCGGCUGGAGGAGAUCAUGAAGAGGACGCGUCGCUCAGAUCAAGUGGAGAAGAAAGCCACUCUUCAAAAGAACAUAGACGAAUCAGCGUCAAACUGUGAUUCUCCGGACCCCUCAGUGAGCCUGUCAGGGGCCGAGCACAGGGACCGCAACGGAGCCUCCAACCCUAACACUGACCCCAGCCUCAACACUGACCCCAGCACAGCGCUGGUGCCACCUGCUGACGAGAGGGAGAACGGGUUGUUUGAGGAGGUGAUUGUUCUCCCUGCUGACUCCAGACUUCCUCCUGGUGAGGAGCAGCAUGUACCUUUCACUGCGUUCCAGGAGAACGGGAUCGUAAAGCCGCUGCGUGAAGGAGCAGAUGACCCUCCAACACAACACACAGCAGAUGUCUGAUGGCUGGAAAACAGGAGAUGGUGAGAGAUGAAGGAGAGGUGGAGCCAUGGACAGGACCUCCUGGUGUCCAGGUUUCUCCCCAUGUUACCAGAAAAUCCUUCCAACGCUGCCCCCCUUCUCAAGACUUCUCAUAGCAUCUUCUGGCCUGGAGAGAAUCUGUUCCCAACUCAACGCUGCCCCCCUUCUCAAGACUUCUCACAGCAUCUUCUGGCCUGGAGAGAAUCUGUUCCCAACUCAACCUAGAGGUUUCUACAGGGGUGGAAGGGGAUAAUAAACCUAGAGGUUUCUACGGGGGUGGAAGGUGAGGAGGUAAACCUAGAGGUUUCUACAGGGGUGGAAGGUGAGGAGGUAAACCUAGAGGUUUCUACGGGGGUGGAAUGUGAGGAGGUUAACCUAGAGGUUUCUACAGGGGUGGAAGGUGAGGAGGUAAACCUAGAGGUUUCUACAGGGGUGGAAGAUGAGGAGGUAAAGAAUAGUGUACACUACUGAUUCAUGUUUUAGUUUGAUACUUAUCACUGUAAAGAAUAGUGUACACUACUGAUUCGUGUUUUAGUUUGAUACUUAUCACUGUAAAGAAUAGUGUACACUACUGAUUCAUGUUUUAGUUUGAUUCUUAUCACUGUAAAGAAUAGUGUACACUACUGAUUCGUGUUUUAGUUUGAUACUUAUCACUGUAAAGAAUAGUGUACACUACUGAUUCGUGUUUUAGUUUGAUACUUAUCACUGUAAAGAAUAGUGUACACUACUGAUUCGUGUUUUAGUUUGAUUCUUAUCACUGUAAAGAAUAGUGUACACUACUGAUUCGUGUUUUAGUUUGAUACUUAUCACUGUAAAGAUGAAAUGGGAUUUUUCUCACUCUUGCGUUUCUUCUGUAGAGCUGAAAAACAUUUCCUUUCUGGUUUUGCUAUUUUUUCUAUGACGAUCAGAUUGAGUGAUUGAUUGACCUCCCAACCCAAAGAUCCCGCCAAAUUCACAUCGUGUCAGUGAUUUGAUUGGCUCCUCUCUCAAAGCUGCAUGUUGUUGACGUCCCCUUCAGCCAGUCAGCAGGAACGGGGGGUUCCCCCCUGUAACAGACAUCUCCUCCUCCUCUAGAUGACUCUGUAGUGAAGGAAGGGGGUUCCCCUGUAACAGACAUCUCCUCCUCCUCUAGAUGACUCUGUAGUGAAGGAAAGGGGGGGUUCCCCCCUGUAACAGACAUCUCCUCCUCUAGAUGACUCUGUAGUGAAGGAAGGGGGGGUUCCCCCCUAUAACAGACAUCUCCUCCUCCUCUAGAUGACUCUGUAGUGAAGGAAGGGGGGGUUCCCCCCUAUAACAGACAUCUCCUCCUCCUCUAGAUGACUCUGUAGUGAAGGAAGGGGGGGUUCCCCCCUAUAACAGACAUCUCCUCCUCCUCUAGAUGACUCUGUAGUGAAGGAAGGGGGUUCCCCUAUAACAGACAUCUCCUCCUCCUCUAGAUGACUCUGUAGUGAAGGAAGGGGGGGUUCCCCCCUAUAACAGACAUCUCCUCCUCUAGAUGACUCUGUAGUGAAGGAAGGGGGGGUUCCCCCCUAUAACAGACAUCUCCUCCUC